GAACGGAGCAUCAACUCUUUGCCCGCUCACACCUCCCGCACAACCACCCCGCCCUUGGGGGUUCGGAUCCAGCACUGCCAAGUACGUCCACCGUCUCCCAUCCAGCACGGCCAGCAAGACCCACGCACAAGACGGGGGGCUGGCGGGCGCAUCCCAUUCAUCUAUCCAUCCAUUCAUCUAUCCAUCCAACCCCCUUGCUUGCCUCGUACCCACCCGUCAUCAUCACCACCACCAUGGUGCGCUCCGUAACGUUCGAGAUCAGAUGGCACGACACGCAGCCCAUCUACUCGUGUUCCUUCCAGCCCCUCUCACCGCUUCACCUCCGGCGCGUCCUCGACCACAACGCAGGCCAGGCCGCCGGCCACAGUGCAGAGCGUCUCCUCGCUGCCGCUUCUGCAAAUGAAGCGAGCACGAGCACUGCGUUGUCCGGAGGCCAUAGCGGCAAUGCUAGUGCUGGGGCGGUGGCCGAUGCAAUGGGGAAAGAAGCAGCUGCUGCUGUGCUCCCCAUGCUUGCCGGAGGGCAGUGCUGGCGGGUUGCCACGGCCGGCGGGGACAAUAAUGCAAGGAUCUGGAUUGUGCACCCGAACAUCCCAUCACCCUCUGCCCUCAAAGCAAGCGAGGCCGCAUCCUCCACCAGCAGCAGCAAUGACAGGACAGUAGCAGCAGUACAGCCACUCUCACCGCACCCGCCGCGCGUCGAAUAUAUGGCGACGCUGUCAAGGCACACGAACGUCGUCAAUGUCGUCCGCUUCGAUCCAAAAGGAGAAGUCCUGGUCACUGCUGGCGAUGACGGCUUUGUCAUGUUCUGGGUCCUUUCCAACCAGCGGCAGAGCGCCUUCGCCGCCGCUGCCGACCAGGGCGAUGACGCGCAUAUGGACAAGGAGCACUGGCGCAUGCGGUUCACAUCACGCCCGACCACGUCGGAGAUCUAUGAUUGCGCGUGGAGCCCGUCCGGAGAAUCGCUCGUCGUCGGCGGGACCGACUUUGUCGCGCGGAUCCUUAACGGGCAGGAUGGCAGCGUCCUCCGCGAGAUCUCAGAGCACAGCCACCACAUUCAAGGUGUGUCGUGGGACCCUUUGAAUGAGUACAUCGCGACACAGAGCGCCGACCGGACCGUACACGUGUACAGCCUCCUCCGGAACAACGGCGGCGCGAUCGCAGGAAACGAACCCACCGCCACCACCAGCGGCAUCACGGGCACGCAGAUUGUAAGCCGCAACAGCCGCAUGGACCUCCAUCGCCGUUCGGGCAGCGGGCAGUUCGUCUGGGACCGAAGCGCCAAGCUGCCGCUGCAGCGGCGCGGGAGUAGCCAUGCGAGCGCGUCGGAGCGGGACGAGAAAAAGGAGCCACCGCUGCAGCAGCAACAGCAACCGACUGCAGCUGGUGGGCAUGCGGCAGGCAGGAGGGCCGACAGCGCGAGAAGUGCAACGCCAAGCGAAUUGGUGAUUCCAUUUGGCUGCUCCUCUUCAUCGUCGUCGUCGUCCGGGGCAAACACAACGACAGCGGUGCCCAUGAGUCCCUUUUCUUCCUCCAUCAGCAUCCCAGCGGGUGCUGCAACGCCACAUCACCAGCACCACCCGCAUCAUCAUCAGCAGCAGCAGCAUCAGACGAUGCAGCCACCUCAGCAGACGCCCAGUCGGCGAUCGAGCUUCAGCGGAAGCGUCAUCGAACCCGGGUCCCCGCAGACAAGCAUCACGUCGCUCGCACCGAGCGUUUCGCAGAGUGGCGGUGGUGGCGGUGCAGGUUCUCUCUUUCCUUCAAGGCAGGUGCCGAGUUCGGGCAAAUCGGGCGCGGUGAGGGGAGGGGCGGAGAAUGCGCACUCUUCCGCAUUUGCCUCCGGUCCAUCGGCCGUAACCGUGGCGGGGACGCCGGCGGCGACAACAACGCCGACACUCCCCUCCGUGCCGAUGUCAGCGAUACCGACCGGCAGCAUCUCAGCGAGCCCCGCCUCCCACGGACGCUCGCCGUCUCCUUUCCCGCCGUUGCCCGCGAUCCGGGCGCCGCCAUCGCCGCGCGAGCGGAUGCAAGCGACGCUGUAUGGCGGCGCGGGUCAGCUCGCCAAGGCGGCCAACCUGCGCUUGUACGGCGAUGAGAACUUCAGCGGCUUCUUUCGCCGCCUCGCCUUCUCCCCUGAUGGCGCCCUGCUCGUCACACCCAGCGGCCUGUUCGACGCGCCACCGCAGCCGGCCAGCCUCGCCUACUCUCUCGCAGCGGCUGGCAACACCACCGCAGCCGGCAUCAACAGCAGCAGCAGCAUCAACCCAAAUGAUUUGGGCACCAGCGGCUCGCUGCCUAGCUCUUCGUCGCGUCCGCCGAACGCAGCUGGUUCAUCAACAGCGACAGCCAGUACGUGCGCAGCAGCAGCUGCGGCGAAUGCGCCAGCGACCUCUUCCAAGAGCACAGUGUACAUGUACGCACGAGGCGCGCUGCAUCGCAGCAAUGCGCCCAUCGCGCAUCUGCCCGGCCACAAGGCUGCCACACUCGUUGUGCGCUUCUCGCCUAUUCUCUAUGAGCUGCGACCGACUACCGUAGCCGCAUCGACCGACCGGUGCCGCGGCUCUUUCUCUGGCUCCCGUCCUACUCCUGCCUCGUCGCCUGGCGCUGUCUCGGCACCAGUUGGGAUGGGCAGAGCGCCGCAUCCGACGAUCCCGCUCGAAGCAGGCAAGCAAGAAGUCGUGCAGCUGCAGCAGCUGCAACAUGCAUCGACAAGCGGAAAUGGCGCCAUGUGUGCUUCGCAAGCUGCGGAGGAUGAUGCAGGGCCGCUCGGCAGCAGCAUCGGCAUGUUCAAUCUGCCGUACCGCAUGAUAUUCGCCGUGGCGACGCAGGACAGCGUCUGGAUCUACGACACGCAGCAAGGCGGGCCGAUCUGCUGUUUCAGCAACAUGCACUAUGCUUCGUUUACAGAUCUCAGCUGGUCGCCAGAUGGCCAAACGCUCAUCAUGUCAUCCACGGACGGCUACUGUUCCGUCGUCGUGUUCGACUAUGGCGAAUUGGGAUCACCAUAUCAGUAUAGCGCGCAGCCAUCCAUGCAAGCCACGCUCAACCCCACACUGAGCGCGACUGCGACUGCGGCCGUAGCAAGGCCAGCUACCGCCGCCGCUGCGUCUCCGCGCGUGAAGAUUUCCCCAUCCCUACCUGCUUCCGCUCAAGGUCUCGCGCCGGGCGACUCGGACACCGCACCAGCACCAGCAGCGCUGGGUUUGCAGCUAAGUAGCAGCACGGCGGCUCGCGAUGGCGCGGCGCCAUCGAGGGUUGAAGAAAGGGCUUCCAAAAAGCCAGCGAUAGAGGGCACCCCGGGAGAGGAGCCGAAACCCAAGAAGCGACGAAUCGCACCGACACUUAUUUCACAAUGAUCAGUAUCUACAUAACCCGAAACAACAGCAACUCUAGCUUGCUCUCGACGCAUGUCAUGCUUUCUCUCUUGCAAAGGAUGCAUUCGCUCCAGGUGCUAAAUGGUACAGGUACAAAGAUGACAUGGAAGAGAAUUGG